AUCUCCGAGUCGAUGAGAGUGUGUUCUCUGCAUUUUCAUUCGGGUAAACCAUCAUAUGAGAUGUUGGAGAACCACCCUGACUGGAAACCAUCUUUGCGGUUAGGCCACAGUGAAGUUAAGCAAACAGAUGAAGUGAGAUUUCUGCGACAAGUAAAUCGCAGGACCCAGCACCAGGAGCAGCCACCAUCCCCGGGACAACACCAGGAGCAGCCGCCAUCCCCGGGACAACACCAGGAGCAGCCACCAUCCCCGGCACAGCACCAGGAGCAGCCGCCAUCCCCGGGACAACACCAGGAGCAGCCGCCAUCCCCGGGACAACACCAGGAGCAGCCGCCAUCCCCGGCACAGCACCAGGAGCAGCCGCCAUCCCCGGGACAAACACCAGGAGCGCCGCCAUCCCCGGCACAGCACCAGGAGCAGCCGCCAUCCCCGGCACAGCACCAGGAGCAGCCGCCAUCCCCGGGACAACACCAGGAGCAGCCACCAUCCCCGGGACAACACCAGGAGCAGCCGCCAUCCCCGGCACAGCACCAGGAGCAGCCACCAUCCCCGGCACAGCACCAGGAGCAGCCACCAUCCCCGGCACAGGAGCAGCCACCAUCCCCGGGACAACACCAGGAGAAGCCGCCAUCCCCGGCACAGCACCAGGAGCAGCCGCCAUCCCCGGGACAACACCAGGAGCAGCCACCAUCCCCGGCACAGGAAUGUGCACUCUGCUCAUCUAGACGGGAUGUUAUCAACAGUCUUUUGGAGGAAAACAGAAAGCUGAAGGAGGAGCUUGAAGAGUACCAGAUGAAUGAGAACUUUCUGAGUGGUGAUGAUAACAGAGUGAAGUACUACACGGGACUUCCGACCUAUCUAAUGUUUCAGACACUUCUGCUCAGUCUCACGCCUUAUCUGCCUCAAGGUAGUUUGAAGAAGCUCUCACCCUUUCAGCUUGUCCUGAUGACUCUUAUGCGCCUUAGACUAGACUUGCCAAUACAGCACCUCGGCCGUCUGUUUCGGGUGCACAGGACAACAGCCAGUGAUGCCUUUCACCAUACUCUUAGUGUGAUGUACUCACGGCUGUCUCCAUUGGUGUACUGGCCAAGCAGAGAAAGUUUAUUGACCAGUAUGCCACACCAGUUUGUGGAAUCAUUUGGAAAACAUGUGGCUGCAAUUGUGGACUGUUUUGAGGUUUUUAUUGAAAAACCCUCAAAUGUACUUGCAAGGGCACAGACUUUUUCUCAGUAUUAACAUGCAUACACCAUGAAAUAUCUAAUUGUGAUUACACCCCAGGGUGUAAUUUCUUUCAUAUCCGAAGGGUGGGGUGGGCGCGCUAGUGACAAACACAUAACAGAGCAAAGUGGUUUCCUCAACAAACUGUUGCCAGGUGACAUUGUGCUGGCAGAUAGAGGAUUUAAUAUCAGGGAAAGUGUGGGUAUGAUGUGUGCUGAGGUUAAGGUACCUACUUUCACAAGGGGUCGUGCACAGCUGGAGGCAAAAGAUGUGGAGGAGACUAGGGCCAUAGCACAUCUCAGGAUUCAUGUGGAGAGGGUGAUCGGUGUUGUGCGGAACAAAUUUAAAUUCCUACACUCAACUGUACCUGUGAACAUGCUUCUCAAAUGUGAAGGUGAAAACAUAAUGGCGUUGGACAAGAUUGUCACUGUUUGCUGUGCCUUGGUAAAUAUGUGCAAAAGUGUUGUCUGAGUGCAGACUUUUUGUUUUAAAAUAAAGUGUAAUCUAAUAUACUAUGAAAUUACUGUAAAUUUGAAAUAAACUCUUUAAACACCUUUAUAUGACAACAGUAUUUAUUGAGAACUCACAAUGAACAGUGUAUUAAUGUUUUCACAAUAUGCUCUAAAUAAAUCACAAUAAAAAGUGCAUUAAUGUAAACAAUAAAAAGUGCAUUAAUGUAAACAAUAAAAAGUGCAUUAAUGUAAACAAUAAAAAGUGCAUUAAUGUAAUGUGCAUCAAACAUUAAUCAGCACAAGAAGGGCAAAACCAAGGAGUAUCAGCAGAAGGGGUC